GAAAGGCGGAGGAAACGAACGAACGGGCUGCUGAAAUUUCAGCAAGAGAGAAAAAAGAGAGCGAGAGAGAGAGAGAGCAAAGCAAUCACAAGCUCUCUCCUCUCCUCCUCCGCACGGCAGUGGCAGGAACCGGCCGCGCUCGGGCCGGCGGCACCAGCCCACCGAGACCGGGACCGAGCGGGCGAGAGAGAGUAAAGCGAAGGGGCAGGGGGCGAGCCCGGGGCGAUCUCCCCCAGACAAGUGAGGCGCCUGACUUUCUUGAUCGGAUUUCGGUUGUUUCUCUUCCUCUUGCUCCUUCUGUCCUCACCCCUCCACCCCCGCUACCCUUGGACGUCUGGGCUCUAUCACCUUACUUCUGCCUCCUCCCUCUCUUUCGGAGAAGGGGGAAGGAAGAGGAGAGGAGAAGGGUCGUGUUCUAGGUCGGCUCGCCAGCUGGCUCAGAACCGAGCGGCUCAGAAUCCUCUCCACCGGCCGCUCCUCUCCGCUCUCCCACAACCCAUCCCCAAGCCUGGGUGAACCCACCAGGCUCGCUGCAGAAACUGGAUCAAAGAGCCAGCCUGAAAAGAGAGGAAAACAAAGACUGCUUCCAGAGAUUCCCACAGGGCCGGGCUCCCCGCCGCGGACGGGCCCGGACGCAGCUUCUCCUCGCUAGAGGAUGGGGGCCGACGGCGAAACCGGGGCCCUGAAGAACCUGCUGAUCAGCAUCAACUUGAUUCUGCUGGGCUCCGUCCUCACGCCUUCCGACGGCCAGCUGGAGGUCACGACCGAGCGAGUCAGGAGGCCGGCGGCGGCCGAGGGGGGCGGCGUGGCCGGCGCGGAGCGGCCGAUGGUCUUCAACCACGUGUACAACAUCAACGUCCCCCUGGACAGCCUCUGCUCCUCGGGGCUGGAGGCUUCGGCCGAGCGGGAGGUGAGUGCCGAAGAGGAGAGGAGGACGGAGUUCACGGACCAGACCGCAGACGGCGGGAGCCAGGUCACCUUCACGCACAGGAUCAAUCUCCCUAAGCAGGCUUGCGAGUGCUCCAACUCUGUCCGGGUCAUGCAGGAGCUGCUGAGUCGAAUCGAGAUGCUGGAGAGGGAGGUUUCCAUCCUCCGGGACCAAUGCACCUCUAAUUGCUGUCCAGACAAUGCAGCCACAGGGCAGCUGGACUACGUCCCUCACUGCAGCGGCCACGGCAACUUCAGUUUGGAGUUGUGCGGCUGCGUGUGCCACGAGGGCUGGCUAGGCAAGAACUGCUCGGAACCCGACUGCCCCCUGGGCUGCUCCAGCCGCGGUGUGUGCGUGGACGGCCAGUGCGUCUGCGACAGCGACUCCAGCGGCGACGACUGCUCCGAGGACCGCUGCCCGGCUGGCUGCGGCCCCCGGGGCCUCUGCGUGGACGGACGCUGCGUCUGUGAGGAGGCCUUCUCCGGAGAGGACUGCGGUGAGCCGCGAUGCCCCGGAGACUGCUCGGGCAAAGGGACCUGCGCCAACGGCACCUGCUUCUGCCAGGAGGGCUACGUGGGUGAGGACUGCGGCCAGCGGCGCUGCCUGAACGCCUGUAGCGGGCGAGGGAUCUGCCAGGCCGGGCGCUGCUCCUGCGAGGAAGGCUACCGGGGCCCGGACUGCUCGGCGGUUGCCCCACCCGAGGACUUGCGAGUGGCUGGCAUCAGCGACAGGUCCGUUGAGCUGGAAUGGGACGGGCCGAUGGCAGUGACGGAAUAUGUGAUCUCUUACCAGCCGACGGUCCCGGGGGGCCUUCAGCUCCAGCAGCGGGUGCCUGGGGAUUGGAGCACCGUCACCCUCAGGGAGUUGGAACCAGGGCUCACCUACAAUAUCAGCGUCUAUGCUGUCAUCAGUGACAUCCUCAGCCUCCCCGUCACGGCCAGGGUGGCCACAUAUCUCUCCACUCCCCAAGGGCUGCGGUUCAAGACCAUCACAGAGACCACUGUGGAGGUGCAGUGGGAACCCUUCUCAUUUUCUUUCGAUGGAUGGGAGAUUAGCUUCAUCCCAAAGAAUAACGAAGGGGGCGUGAUCGCCCAGGUCCCCAGUGACGUCACAUCCUUCAACCAGACGGGCCUGAAGCCUGGGGAGGAGUACACUGUCAACGUGGUGGCUCUCAAGGAGCAAGCCCGGAGCCCCCCGACCUCGGCCAGUGUCUCCACCCUGAUUGACGGCCCGACCCAGAUCCUAGUCCGUGAUGUCUCGGACACAGUGGCCUUCGUCGAGUGGACCCCGCCUCGAGCCAAAGUCGAUUUCAUCCUCCUGCGAUACGGCCUGGUGGGCGGGGAGAGCGGGAAAACCACCUUCCGGCUGCAGCCGCCCCUGAGCCAGUACUCGGUGCAGGCCCUCCGGCCCGGCUCCCGCUACGAGGUCUCGGUCAGCGGAGUGCGCGGGGCCAACGAGAGCGACGCCACCACCACCCACUUCACCACAGAGAUCGACGCUCCCAAAAACCUGCGGGUGGUCUCCCGCACAGCCACCAACCUGGACCUGGAAUGGGACAACAGUGAGGCGGAAGUGCGGGAUUACCGGGUGGUGUUCAGCACUCUGGCCGGAGAACAGUACCAUGAGCUGCUGGUCCCCAGGAGCCCGGGCCCAACUACCAAAGCCAGCCUCGCCGACCUGGAGCCGGGGACGGAGUAUGGUGUUGGGAUCUCGGCUCUCCUGGACAGUCAGCAGAGUGUACCAGCCACCAUGAACGCCCGGACCGAACUGGACAGUCCUCGAGGGCUCAUGGUGACAGCCUCUUCGGAAACAUCAAUCUCUCUCAUCUGGACCAAGGCAGAUGGCCCCAUCGACCACUACCGAAUCACCUUUACCCCGGCCUCCGGGAUGUCCUCUGAGAUUACCGUGCCCAAGGACAAGACUGCGUACACAUUGACGGAGCUGGAGCCCGGGACGGAGUACAUCAUCUCGGUCACUGCUGAGCGGGGCCGGCAGCAGAGCUUGGAGUCCACCGUUGAUGCCUUCACAGGGUUCCGCCCCAUCACCCAUCUGCACUUUUCUCACGUGACCUCCUCCAGCGUGAACAUCACCUGGAGCGACCCCUCCCCUCCCGCAGACAGGCUCAUCCUCAACUACAACCCCCGGGACGAGGAGGAGGAGGCGGCACUGGAGGUCUCGCUGGACGCCACCAAGAGACACGCCACUCUGACGGGGCUGCGGCCGGCCACCGAGUACAUUGUGAAUCUGGUGGCCGUGCAUGGGACAGUCACCUCGGAGCCCAUUGUGGGCUCCAUCACCACAGGCAUAGAUCCCCCUAAAGACAUCUCAAUAGGCAACGUCACCGAGGACUCUGUGAUGGUCUCCUGGGCCCCGCCCAGCGCACCUUUCGACUACUAUCGGGUAUCCUAUCGACCGACACAAGUGGGGAGACUGGACAGCUCAGUGGUGCCGAACACCGUCACCAAAUACACCGUCACCAACCUAUCUCCGGCCACUGAGUACGAGAUCAGCCUGAACAGCGUGCGUGGGCGGGAGGAGAGCGAGCGCAUCUGCACCCUUGUGCACACAGCCAUGGACAGUCCCGUCGAUUUGACCGCCACCAACGUCACCCCAACGGAAGCCCUGCUGCAGUGGAGGGCGCCAGUGAGUGAAGUGGAGAGCUACAUCAUUGUGCUUACACACUUCACAGAUGCUGGAGAGACCAUCCUGGUGGACGGCGGGAGCGAAGAUCACCAGCUCAGCGACCUACUCCCCAGCACCCAUUACACGGUCACGAUGUAUGCCACCAGCGGGCCUCUCACCAGCAGCACCGUCAAGACCAAUUUCACCACCUUGCUGGAUCCCCCCACCAACCUGACGGCCACCGAGGUCACCAGGCAGAGCGCCCGGAUCUCGUGGCAGCCACCCGUGGCAGAGGUGGAGAACUACAUCGUCAACUACAAAGCCACCGAUGGGCGCCGCAAGGAGCUGAUAGUGGAUGCAGAAGACACAUGGAUUCGCCUCGAGGGCCUGUCCGAGAACACGGAGUACACCGUGCUUCUGCAGUCAGCCCAGGAUGCGGUCAGGAGUGGGGUCACCUCGGCCGUCUUCACCACAGGGGGCCGAGUGUUCACCCACCCUCAGGACUGCGCCCAGCACCUGAUCAAUGGAGACACCCUCAGUGGGGUUUACACGAUCUCCAUCCACGGGGACCUGAGCCAGAAGAUGCAAGUCUACUGUGACAUGACCACAGACGGCGGGGGUUGGAUUGUGUUCCAACGGCGACAGAAUGGCCUGACUGAUUUCUUCCGGAAAUGGGCGGAUUACCGUGUCGGUUUUGGAAACCUAGAGGAUGAAUUUUGGCUGGGACUGGACAACAUGCACAAGAUCACGUCGCAGGGCCGCUAUGAGCUGCGUAUAGACAUGCGGGAUGGCCCGGAAGCGGCCUAUGCCUACUAUGACAAGUUCUCCAUUGGGGACAGCAGAAGCCUGUACAAGCUUCGGCUAGGAAUCUACAGCGGCACCUCAGGGGAUUCUCUGACUUAUCACCAGGGACGCCCUUUCUCCACCCAGGACAGGGACAACGACGUGGCUGUGACCAACUGUGCAGUGUCCUACAAGGGGGCCUGGUGGUAUAAGAACUGCCACCGGACCAACCUCAACGGCAAGUAUGGCGAGUCCAGGCACAGUCAGGGGAUCAACUGGUACCACUGGAAAGGCCAUGAGUUUUCCAUUCCUUUCGUGGAAAUGAAGAUGCGCCCCUACACCCCCCGCCCCGUGACAGGGAGGAAACGGAGGUCCCUGCAGCCGUGAGAGCCAGGAGGAACCCAGAGACGCCCAACUGUUUCUGUCAUUUGUUUGUAUUUUAUAAUAUGAAAUGGGUGGGUGGGGGGAGAUAAUAAUGGGCAAGAGCAAUGUAAGAGUGGUGGAAGGAAGCAGCGAUGGAGGGGGAGGCUGUUGGGGAGAGAGAGUGACCACAGCACUGCCAUCCUAGGAGAUGCCAAGUCUUUCCCCCUACCCCAACCACCUACCCCCCCCCCACUUGCCUAAAAUUUUCCUUCUCCCUCGACGAUUAAAAGGAAACGGUAAAUUUUCUCCAACAUUCCUAAAAUGCAAAUCGCAUAGAGCCAAGAUUGUUUGGGUGGUUGGGAAUUCCACCCACUUACCCCACAUGCCCUCCCUUAAACUUUGCACCUGGAGAGCCAUGGGGCAGACCCUGGAGCAGAACAGCAGCUUAAUUGGCCUUCAGCUGGCAGCUCCAGCCAGCGUCCCCGGCUGCAUCCAUCCUUUUGAACCAGUGGUGCUCAAGCAGGAGGGCUGGAGGCAACAGGUGGUUCUGAGCAAAGCCUUGCUUGAGGCCACAGAUCCUACACUUCCAUGGAUUGGCCAACUUUCAUAGCACUUCUGACCCAAGGGACGCUCAGAUUUGUGGUAGGGUACCCAAAGGAUUUCCCUACCUCUCCUCCCCUGUCCAAAUUAUAUUGCCUUGGGCCUGCAGUUGCCAGAACAGGGACUCCACUUUUAAACCUCAAUCAUGGAUUUCCCAGCAGGUCGAGGCAUAGCUAGUGCCCAUAGGUAUGUGUCUGCGUCUAGUCCCACCCUCCAGCCGUUGCCUGCCCCCUGCUCCCAGGCCCCCCAAGCCACGCCCCCAAGUUCAGUCUCCCCUUUGCCGACCCACUAAGAGAAGGGGAUAAAGCUGCAAGCCACUAUUCUCAAUGGGCCUGAGUAGCCUGCUCUGGCUCUAAAUUCUGUUUUCCUCAGUUCAGCUGGGAUGGGAAUAACAGCUCGUGAAACACUUCCUUUAGCUGCUUCUCCUUUUAUUCCACCUAGCCCCAAGGAGAGGAAAGAAUGAAGAGAGACAGCCAAAAGUCUUACUCCCAUUAGGCAUGAGAUUUUCACUAUCCCUCUGAUUUUUCCACUUAAGGAGAGCAGAGAGCUCAAACUUCUUUCUACAGCUCUUCUACUACAGGAAAGGGUCCCAGAGUGCCCUACCUCAUCCAUACACCACCCUGUGCCCUUCCCCCAUCACCAUUUACCCCUACUGACCCAGUCCCCUGGCCUACUCUUUUGAUGGCUCUUCCAUCACCUCCAAUUCUGAGUCCAGUUUUUUGCCCAGACCAAGCUUGGGUCUCGGACCAAAAAGCAAAGAAUCUGGGUCAUGGAAGUGCCCAUUUUCCACUGGGAAUGACCAUACUCAGGCUUGCUGGAGCAGAAAGGAGAAACAAGAGUCUCCUUGCCGUUCUUGGAAAGGCAGAGUGAAGAUAGCGUGCUUGGGGAAAAUGGGAUAGGGUCAGUGAAUGCUUUCUCUGACUUGCCCUUUCUGGACUAUGUCCAACCGUGCACUAUUUCUUGUCCUGGCUGAACAUGACCAGAGGUUCGGCUGAGUCAGCGGGAGUGGCGUUUCCCCGCAGGCAUCCUAUAAUGAGUAAGAAACCAGAAUCCUUCCACACAGUGAACAUGGGAGUGCGGGAGAGAGAUUACUGGCUCUGGAGAAGUAGGAAAUAGACUAAAGAUAGCAAGUAUUGUUAAGAGGAAAAGGAAGAUUAAUCGAGGGCCCUGUCUUACCAAAGAAGAGUGCAGGAGUUACAUGUAGAUUGUGGAACCAAAGAAGGAGACCCAGGGCCACCCAAAGGGCAAGGAUGGGCAGGGAAGGGUUGCCCACAUCGUUUGAGCUAUAGAAUCAAUGAGUUUUGAAAGCAACUCACCAAACAUGACUCAAGAUGGGACCUCAAGUGACUUCUGGGACCCAGCCAAGCUAAUCUGUGAUUUCAAAUGAAAGCCAAGAAAUCUCACUGAAAACCUAACCCUGUCCUUUGGGUGGCCCAACCAUGAUAACUUUGUAGAAAAGCAUGUAUCCUAUUCCUCACAACAGAGCCACUCUCUUUGUUCCCAGAGGCCAGUCUCCACUUCCCACGUGAACCCCUGUCUCCCCACCCCUAAAGCUAUUCCUUGCCUUCACCCUCUCUCCUGGUGGCCAGGGCCUCUGGGAAACUGCCACCCAGUCAGGUGAAGAAGUAGAGACAAAGAAGUCUGUUACUUGCAAUGAGGAAGAUAAAAGUUACUGUCUAGCCAACCUCUCUACUACAGCUCACCUAAUCCCCACCACACCAACUACACAGAGCAAGCAUCUGGUGUUCUGUUAAUUUCCUGACCUAAUAAAUGUUAACACACACAUUCUGCCCCAAAAGUGUUCACAUAAUUAUAGCAGAUUGCCUGUCCUCCAUGAUCAUUCUGUGGAAGUGACUCCAAAAGGCAAUUUCCCUGCCCUUGGGAACCAACUUUUUGCUUGGUUCUCCAAACUCUCCUCUGAAGGCCCCAGCUAGAAAAAGUUUCUGUUCAGUUAUCCCCACUGAGCUCUGUCCUCUCCUGCUGAGGCAAAGAAGAGUUGUGGGUGUGUAAGUGUAGAAACGAUUUAGUUGGGGUGGGGGCUGCAGCUGAACAGGAAGGAGACUUGGUUCAUCCCAUUCAAGAUUUCUGGGAAAGGUGGGGCUAGCACCCUGAGAUCCAAGAUUCUCUGCCCUGUGAGGAUAACUGAUUUCUUUUUUUUUCCCCCUCCUCUCCCAUCCCCACCAAUGGUACCUUGGCUGUUGCUUCAUUUGGAUUCCAGUUGGAUGCCUGUUCUUGGUAAUUCAUGUAGGUCUUUUCUGGUUGAGAGCUGCACUCCUGGAAGAUGAAAGUUAAGAAUGAAUAAGCCCUGAUUUUAUGAGUUCAGAUUAAAUAAGUCCCAUCCCCCUAGGUCAAUCGA